GGACCAAGAUGCAGCCAAACGUGCUGCCCGUGCUCCGUCGAUAAACCGCGAAUUACCUGAAGAAAUCUCACCAGAGGCGCUCAACAGGUGGUUGUUUUGUGGGCACUCUGCACUGUUGCGCACAGAGCCUCCACUGCGCACCGCCACGAUGCUGUUACCGUCCGGCACCCUGCUACUGCUGGCGGCUCUCUACUCAAGUGUAGACUUGACAGGGGCUGAGGGUUGCGGGCCUUCUUGUGGAAAAUGUGACUGCAGUGGUGUGAAAGGAGCAAAGGGUGAGCGGGGAUUUCCUGGUCUUCAAGGUAAUAUGGGAUUCCCAGGGAUGCAGGGACCUGAGGGGCCUCCAGGGCCAAUGGGCCACAAGGGAGAUCUGGGUGAACCUGGGGCUCCUGGACUGAAAGGAGUGAGGGGUCCCCCUGGUCUGCCAGGUUUCCCAGGAAACCCAGGACAACCAGGCAUCAAUGGACACGAUGGCCCACCAGGUCCACCAGGUAUCCCAGGAUGCAAUGGGACUAAAGGAGAUAUGGGAAGGGAUGGCAGUCCUGGUUUUCCUGGUCUUCAAGGACCUCCAGGCAUCCCAGGAUUUCCUGGAAUGAAGGGUGACCCUGGUGGUGUGAUUGGGAUUGAUAUCCAGAAGGGAGAAAGAGGAUUCCCUGGCAAUCCUGGAUUACCUGGAUCAAUUGGACCUCCUGGACCUACCGGACCUCCAGGACUUCGUGGCUAUCAUGGACCCAAAGGUGAUCCUGGCCCUCCUGGCCCUCCAGGAGAGAAGGGUGACAAGCUGGCUUUUGUGAGUGAGAAAGGAGAAAAGGGUGAGCCAGGAUUUCGUGGCCCACCCGGUCCCCCUGGACCUCCAUCAAUGGGUGUGGAAGGAGGACAUACCACAGUACAUAUACCUGGACCACCGGGAGACAGAGGACUUCCUGGAGAGAAAGGAGAUAAAGGCUUUUGCAUCCCGUAUCUCGAUGGCAUGAAAGGUGAACCCGGCCCGCCUGGACCAAGAGGUAAACCUGGCAAGGAUGGAGAGGGUGGGCCAAAGGGAGAAAAAGGCUUUCCAGGAAUUCCUGGAAACAUUGGUUCCCAGGGUGAAAAAGGAGAAAAAGGACCACCAGGUUUUGUUAAUGGUGCCCCUGGUCCUCCUGGUCCUCCUGGUUUCCCAGGGUUACAAGGAGAAAAAGGUUUUCCUGGGCCUCAGGGAGAGGCAGGUCCACCAGGCCGCCACACUGAAGGGCCUCGAGGAGAGAAGGGUGAGAAGGGAGACGAGGGUGUGAAAGGAGACAGGGGUAUAGAAGGAGAGUCUCUGGUUGGACCUCCAGGACAACCAGGGGUCACUGGACCCCCUGGACCCCCAGGACUCCCAAUCGACGAUAAUGACUGUAACAUCGAGAAAGGCUCUCCUGGCCCACCUGGACCUCCAGGGUUACAAGGGGAAGUGGGACAGAAAGGUGACAAAGGAGAUACCUGUGUUCAGUGUGAAUCUUUUGGCCCACCUGGAUUACCUGGUCCCCAGGGGCCUAAAGGAGAGCAUGGACCUCCUGGGCCAGUAGGAAGCAAAGGAGAAAAGGGUCAAUCUGGUGCUCCUGGACAACCUGGAAGACCUGGUAUUCAAGGAACUCCUGGGUUGAUGGGGGCUCCUGGGGCUAUUGGUGAGCCCGGGGACAUUUUCAUAGCUCCUGGUCUGAAGGGAGACAAAGGUCUUCCUGGUCCUGCUGGUUCACCAGGGCAACCAGGAUUGGAUGGACAGCCAGGGAUUGAUGGCCUCCCCGGUAUACCUGGCCUCAAAGGAGAACCUGCCAAAGAGGGCAUUAAGGGUGAGCGUGGACCAGGUGGGGAUCCUGGUCUUAUUGGGCCCCCGGGAGAGAGGGGUCCCCCUGGUCUGCCAGGCAUUGGUCAACCGGGAGAAAGUGGAGAGAAAGGCAGUCAAGGGAGACCAGGACUUCCUGGAACUCCCGGACAACCUGGUGCCAAAGGUGAGCCAGGUGUAGGUAUAAGCACUCCAGGUCCUCAGGGAGUACCUGGACCACGAGGAGAAACUGGCAGACCUGGACUUCAAGGGGAUAGAGGCCCGGUGGGAGACUCAGGGUUGCCAGGUUUCCCUGGACAGAAGGGUGAACAAGGACCCCCUGGAAUUGGUUUUCCAGGCCCAACGGGUCAAAAAGGAAUCAGUGGAAUUCCAGGAGCUCCAGGAUUAAAAGGAGAGCCAGGAAGACCAGGACAGAGUGGCUUGACUGGACAACCUGGUCUACUUGGACAAAAAGGUGAACCAGGACAGGGUCUUCCAGGCCCAAAAGGUUCGCAGGGCCUCCCAGGACUUCCUGGCUUCCAGGGAGAGAAGGGUAACAUUGGGCUUCCUGGUAUUCCUGGAAGGGAGGGCGAGACAGGACCACCAGGACCUCAGGGAAUCAAAGGUGGCGUGGGACCCCCAGGGCCUCCUGGAUUGGUUGGCUUACCAGGUGCACCAGGAAAAGGCUCACCUGGAGCUCCCGGACCACAGGGACCAACUGGAGAGCCUGGACCACACGGUAAUGACGGUCUAAAGGGAGAAAAGGGCUUCCCUGGUCCUCCUGGUCUGGACAUGCCAGGACCUCAGGGAGAAAAGGGAAUCCCCGGAUUCCCAGGACCCACAGGCUCUAAAGGGUUGCCAGGGCCUCCAGGUUUACCAGGCAGGGAUGGGCUGAUAGGAAACCAAGGUCCUAAAGGUGAAAUGGGGGUCAUUGGGACACCAGGAAUACCGGGUUUUCCCGGACGACCUGGCACACCUGGAUCUCCUGGUCUGAGAGGUGAUCCCGGUAUUACUGGACCAAGAGGUGAUAUUGGAGAGCCUGGACCUAAAGGAGAAAGGGGAGAACCAGGGCUUCAGGGACCUCCUGGGAACAUGAGCAAAGUCGACAUGGAGCACAUGAAGGGGGAGAAGGGAGACAUCGGAGACGCAGGUAACCCUGGGGUCACUGGAGAGAAGGGCUACCGUGGAGUUCCUGGAGACCCUGGAAUGCCAGGCAAAGAUGGAGAGCAUGGAUUACCUGGACAUCCAGGUGACAAAGGAGACCCUGGCUUUCCUGGAGAGCCUGGCAGUAUGGGACCACCUGGACAGAAGGGCAGCGUAGGAGAGAUGGGAAUACCAGGUGGGACUGGUCCAAAAGGUACUAAAGGAGACAUUGGUACACCGGGACAUCCAGGAUUCAGAGGCACAGAAGGACAGAAAGGAGACAGGGGAGCAGCUGGUGAGCCAGGUAUCGGGAUCCCAGGACAUCCAGGAGAAAAGGGUCAGACAGGCCAGCCAGGAUUCCCAGGAUCACCGGGAGAGAAGGGUCAGAAGGGUCAUGAGGGUAUGCCUGGCAAACCAGGAACGCAAGGAGCCAAAGGAGAAAAAGGAACCAUCGGGUAUCCAGGUCAGCCAGGCAGACCAGGUGAAAAGGGUAUCCCUGGGCUUCCUGGGUCUGCAGGAGAACCUGGUCAUGAAGGCCGGCCUGGUGAAGGCGGCUUGCAGGGACCUCCUGGUCUUCCCGGAGAGAAGGGAGAGCCUGGGGUGGAUGGCAUCCCUGGAUCCUCAGGGGAGAGGGGAGACCCAGGUUUACCUGGCCUAGGUUUACCCGGGUCACCUGGAGUGCUUGGAAACAAAGGUGACAAAGGUAGUCCUGGCUUCCCUGGCACUCCAGGUCAGCCAGGUGUCCCUGGUAUCAAAGGCGACAAGGGAAUUCCAGGCCAACAGGGGCCACAGGGUGAGCCAGGAGAGAGGGGGAUCCAAGGUACUUCUCUAGAGGGCCCUAAGGGAGAAAGGGGAGAAACAGGACAACCUGGAGAAGCAGGAUCCCCAGGAGCACCAGGGCCUGUUGGUGUGCCAGGCAAACAUGGCCAAAAGGGAGAGAAAGGAGAUCAGGGUCUCCCUGGUUUCCAGGGAGAGAUAGGACAUAAGGGUGACUCUGGAUCUCCUGGACUUCCUGGACAAGCUGGCCUGCCAGGUAUCGAUGGACAGAAGGGAGAGAGGGGAUCACAGGGUGUCCCAGGCUUCCCGGGUGCAAAGGGUAAUGUCGGGGACGGUGGAUUCAAAGGAGAGAUUGGAGACAGAGGAUUCCCAGGAGAAAAAGGUAAUGAAGGCCCUCCUGGUCCCCCUGGCCCUCAUACCUUCAUCAAAGGAGACAUCGGGUUCCCAGGAAUUCAAGGUCUUCCAGGACCACAGGGGCCGUCUGGGUUCCCUGGACAGAAAGGACAGCAAGGUAUGACAGGUAUUCCAGGGCCAAAAGGUGAAGAAGGCCUCCCUGGAUAUCAUGGUCAUCCUGGAGCCAAAGGAGAGGCUGGCCUUCCAGGGCCACAAGGACCCAGAGGACACCCAGGCCCCCCGGGACCUGAUGGUGUUCCAGGUCAAGCGGGUCCACCUGGCCCCUCCUCCAUGGAUCAUGGUUUCCUGGUCACCCGUCACAGCCAAUCGGUGGAGGUUCCACUUUGUCCCAAGGGAACCUCUGUCAUAUAUGAUGGGUACUCCUUGCUCUACGUACAAGGCAACGAACGGUCUCAUGGACAGGACUUAGGUACGGCAGGCAGCUGUUUAAGAAAGUUCAGCCCCAUGCCCUUCCUGUUCUGUAACAUCAACAACGUGUGCAACUUUGCCUCUCGUAAUGACUACUCCUAUUGGCUCACCUCCCCUGAGCCCAUGCCCAUGAGCAUGGCGCCUAUCACUGGCCAAAGCAUCAAACCCUUCAUCAGCAGGUGUGCUGUGUGUGAAGCCCCAGCCAUGGUGAUAGCAGUUCACAGUCAGACCAUCAUGAUCCCUCCAUGCCCUCACGGCUGGGACUCUCUGUGGAUUGGCUACUCCUUUGUAAUGCACACCAGCGCUGGUGCUGAGGGUUCAGGCCAGGCUCUGGCCUCUCCUGGUUCCUGUCUGGAGGAAUUCCGCAGUGCUCCAUUCAUCGAGUGUCACGGGCGUGGAACCUGCAACUACUACGCCAACUCCUAUAGCUUCUGGCUUGCCACCAUCGAAGACAAUGAGAUGUUUACGAAACCUGUCCCAACAACGCUAAAAGCGGGCAGUCUCAGAACACACAUAAGCCGCUGUCAGGUGUGCAUGAAGAGGACAUAAACCACAACACCAGAGUGCUCCCUCCUAACAUGCAAGCAACACCGCAUACGCUGACAUCCUCAACUUGGCUUUACUUUCUGUUUUGAAAGGAUGGUGCUAUUUCCCUGCAUGUGUGAGAGGAGAGGGACAGAGACAUGGUUUGCAGAACAGCCAGAGAUUGAACUUUACACACCAGAACACAGAGACCAAGCGGCCUUUUGCUUCAUGCAGAAACACUUAACUAACAUGAUCACAACAUGUCUCUAAAGAAUGGCACCCAGUUUACCACUGCACUGAGUACAUGCCCCCUGGUAAACUCGUGUUCAUUUUGAAAGGUUUGUUUGUGUAAGUCAGGUGCUAUUGAAUCUUACUUAUCCGCCUUAUUCCAUUUUUUUUUUAAAUUUCCUUUCCCUGCAAGUGCUACAGCAUUCAAAGAUAUAGCUACAUUAAUAUUAUACAUUUUCACACCUUAUAACUUGUACUAAUGUAAAGGAUGGGACUUACCACUGGUUACAGAAGCUUGUCAUUUUCUUAAAUCACAAUAUGUUGCCACCACAGAUAUAUAACAAUCACUCUGUUGUAAAUAUAAUGCAUUCCUCUCUAACACAGUUCAACAUACUCUCCUCAGGUUAUUAUUGACUUACUUUGUGUGUUAUUAGCUCAAUUUUUAUUUAUAAGAUUUAUGAGAAUAUGUUGGACUUGAGUGUAUCUGAGAUUUCACUGAUCCAAAAACAGUGUUUCAACAACUGACAACCAGCGCAUACAAAAUAGCACUGAAAAAGCAUUGGCAAGUGUGUGUGUGUGUGUUUGUGUAUGUAUGUGCUUGAGUGUGAAGACAUGAGUGCAUUUGGGCUGCUUGGAAGUGGUGUGUGUUACGACUUUUGCAAAUGUAUUGUUAAUCAACCCUGUUGUUGAAAUAAUUCUAAACCAAUGCACACAAAUGAAUAGACAAAAAAGGAAAAUCACCUUUCCUAUACCUUUAAUCUGUCAGAACAUUGUGUAGAAGAGCUGUGUGUUAAAGAAUUUACUCCUCUCACAUUAAGUGAACCAAAUCUUUCUGAUCGUUGAUCCCAAGGAAAUGCACAUGUAUAUAUACUUACACAUAGCAUGUACUUGCUAUUCUGCUCAUAUACUUGACUGUUCCCGUGUGUGAAUUACUUUUUCUAUCCCUGUUGAUUUUAUGCAAAAAUUAUUUUUGAUUAAGAGUAAAGGGGUUAUCAUGUCAUGGCUGCACAUUCAAGUCAAACUCAUACAGAUGAGGAGGAUUGUAUUUAUAAGUGUCUCUGCAGGUUGAGAAGUUUUAAAAGGUCUUAACAUAGGUCUGUGUUUUGUAUACAGCAUUCUGAAAUAACAUUCAUGUGUUGAUACUAGAAAGGCCUAUUGGACCCCAAACAUAGUUUCUGUGUCCCUUUCAGAGCAAUUAAAAGAUGAUAACUUUUCUACUGUUAAAGUUAUAGCAAUUACUCUACACUGACCAUAACCUGUUUUUGUUCGUGUGUUUUGCUUGGUUGUGAUAAAAUACUCCAUGAAGUACAUACAGUAUUAGCAACAUUUGCCAUCAAAUCUGAUUAACAAAUAGAAAAAAAAACAUAUACAUUGACAUUUUAUAUUUUUCCAGAUCCCAUUCUGUGUAAUUCCUGCAAUAAAGUGAUUUGGAGAAUAAUCUUAUUAAUUAACUUA